CUCCUCCCCCUCCCCCCGCGCUCACCCUCAUACUUUCACUUUCACCGUCAGAUAUAAGGUUCAGCCAUUUACAGGAAGAGCAGAAACGAGGGAGAUCAGAGAAACAAGCAGGACAUCAUGGAGUUCGGAGCACCCCCCCACAUCGGGAUAUUCUCCAGGUCUGCAGAGAGUGAAUACAGAUGGUUAGUGGACAUCUUGGGAGAAGACUGGCCGGUGGUUCCAUUCAUCAUCACAAACACCAACUACAACCGGUUCUGUGAGGAGAUCAACCGAUGUUCCUUUGGGAUCCUCUACCACUCCCGAAACCGCGGACGAGUCAACAUCACGGACGUCACUGACUCUCUGUAUGAUGGGGAAGUGAGGAAAAUGUCUGAGGCGCUCGGUAAACAGCGAGUGAUAACUGUGAUCGAUGAUCUGGAGGACAGCAGCCACGAGGCAAAGGAAAGGAUUCUGAGCCAUCAGCAUAGCCUGAGAACUCUGACCCGAGACAUCGUGCUGUUCACCCCAGAGGAGAAGAGGAACCACGAGCUCCUCAGAUGGAGAAUGAAAAGCAUCAAAGACGCCAUCGCUGGAAGUGUGAGGAGAAGGUAUAGAGAGCCGGAUUUCAUCCCUGUAAAUGUCCACGGGCAGGUUCCAGGUGAAGACAGACCCACGAAGAAGGGAAGAAUGGAGAAGUUUGUGAUAUCGGCGUUAUCUUCCUAUGUAUUCUGGAACACGUAUUUCUUCCAGGACCCUGAACAUGUUCUCCUCUCCGUCCUCUGGGCUGCAGGGACUUGGAGGGUCUUCACCAUUCCUGCCUCUGUAACCUGUGUGGCUGCUGAGCUCCUGGGGGUCCUUCACCAUGUCCUGCGCCAUCACCUUGCUUAUCAUCUGUGAGACUUACCAUAGACCCAGCGUCUACAAUGUUGUCAGCAGCGUCCUGUGGGCUACAUCCUGCUUCAGCUAUUUCUGGGCCAGAAAUCAGCGAAAUGCAGGCAGAUUAGGCUGGAAAGCGAUAUCUUACGGACUGGUGCUGUAUUCCUUUUGGAAGGGAUGGCGACAAUCAGAUGCUGAAACUACCUUACAGCAGAUGUUUCGGGAUGUCCUCCGCUCCCCGAUGACCAUGGCGGCUACAGGCAUUUAAUAUCAGCCAUUGGCUUUCAGCGCUGCUGAUCAUGUGACACCUUCAUCAUCCUCCUCCAGAAGAACCGUGUCUCCGUAUUCAACUUCUUUAGUAGCACAGAAUUGAUCCGGUCCGAUUCAUGAAAUAAAUAAAAUCAGAGAAAAAAAGUCA